UCCGCUCCUCCUGCUCCCGGCCCCGGCCUCGACAAAGUUUUUUUUCCCCCUUUCCUCGUUUCGGAGUUUUUUGGUUUUCUUGUUUUUUGUAAUUUUUUUUCAGCGUUUUUGCGCUGAGGAGAAGUAAUAAAAAGUUUUUUUCCUCUCCCGCCUCCUCUCCGCAGCCGGUGGAGACUUUGUUUCUCCGCGUUUUUUACUUUUUUAACUCCUCCCUGCCCCUUAGCGCCUAACUUUUUUUUUUUUUUUUUUUAAUCAAUUUUUUUUCGCCCCCUUGUUCCCCCUCGGCCGCUUUCUCGCAUGAAUCUCCUCGACCCUUUCAUGAAAAUGACAGAAGAACAGGACAAAUGUAUCUCCGACGCCCCCAGCCCCACCAUGUCGGAUGACUCCGCCGGCUCCCCCUGCCCCUCUGGAUCCGGCUCGGACACGGAGAACACCAGACCCCAAGAGAACACCUUCCCCAAGGGCGACCCGGACCUGAAGAAGGAGAACGACGAGGACAAGUUCCCGGUGUGCAUCCGGGAGGCGGUGAGCCAGGUGCUGAAGGGCUACGACUGGACCCUGGUGCCGAUGCCGGUGCGGGUGAACGGCUCCAGCAAGAACAAGCCGCACGUCAAGAGACCCAUGAACGCCUUCAUGGUGUGGGCGCAGGCGGCCCGCAGGAAGCUGGCGGAUCAGUACCCGCAUCUGCACAACGCCGAGCUCAGCAAGACCCUGGGCAAGCUCUGGAGGCUGCUGAACGAGAGCGAGAAGCGCCCGUUCGUGGAGGAGGCCGAGCGGCUGCGGGUGCAGCACAAGAAGGACCACCCCGACUACAAGUACCAGCCCCGGCGGAGGAAGUCGGUGAAGAACGGGCAGGCGGAGCAGGAGGAGGGCGCGGAGCAGACCCACAUCUCCCCCAACGCCAUCUUCAAGGCGCUGCAGGCGGACUCGCCGCAGUCCUCCUCCAGCAUCAGCGAGGUGCACUCGCCCGGGGAGCACUCGGGCCAGUCGCAGGGGCCCCCCACGCCUCCCACCACGCCCAAGACGGACCCUCAGCCGGGCAAGCAGGACCUGAAGCGCGAGGGCCGCGCGCUGGGCGAGGGCGGCCGGCAGCCGCCGCACAUCGACUUCCGCGACGUGGACAUCGGCGAGCUCAGCAGCGACGUCAUCUCCAACAUCGAGACCUUCGACGUCAACGAGUUCGACCAGUACCUGCCGCCCAACGGGCACCCCGGCCAGGUCACCUACACGGGCACCUACGGCAUCAGCGGCGCCGCGGGCGUCUGGAUGGCCAAGCAGCAGCAGCAGCCGCCGCCGCCGGCGCAGCUGCCGGCGCUGAGCGCCGAGCAGGGCCCCCAGCAGCAGCAGCAGCAGCAGCAGCAGCCGCAGCAGCAACGGACGCACAUCAAGACGGAGCAGCUGAGCCCCAGCCACUACAGCGAGCAGCAGCAGCACUCCCCGCAGCAGCAGCAGCAGCAGCAGCAGCAGCAGCUGAGCUACAGCUCCUUCAACCUGCAGCACUACAGCUCGUCCUACCCCAGCAUCAGCCGCGCGCAGUACGAGUACGGCGAGCACCAGGGCUCCUCGGGCUCCUACUACAGCCACGCCGGGCAGGGCGGCGGGCUCUACUCCACCUUCAGCUACAUGAGCCCCACGCAGCGCCCCAUGUACACCCCCAUCGCCGACACGGCGGGGGUGCCCUCCAUCCCCCAGACGCACAGCCCGCAGCACUGGGAGCAGCCCGUCUACACGCAGCUCACCCGGCCCUGAGCGGGAGGAGGAGGAGGAGGAGGAGGCGCCAAAACAAAAAAAGGCCAAAAGAGCGAGAGAAG